UCGGGAUCUCAGCUUGUCGAAGACUUCAUCCGAGCUGUUGGCCUCCAGACUGAAACAGAAAAAUCUACUUGGCGAGGACGCGCGUAUCACUUUUUUUCGUAGAAGGCAUAAGGACUACAUGGGCUACUUCUGCCAGGAGGAAGACCUAGUGUACUGCCGAGAUGUCGCCGGUCUUCUUGUUAAACUCGGGGCUCCUACAUACGAUUCGAGAGAUUGGCGACUCUUUAUUGACAGCUGCAAGCGCUCUUUGAAGUGUGUGCUCCUCCACAACGGGAACGAGUUCGCCUCAAUCCCUCUUGCUCACUCCACAACUCUCGUAGAGAAAUAUGAAGCAGUGAAGUACGUGCUCGACAAAAUCCAAUAUGAGCAGCACCAAUGGUUCAUCUGCGUCGACCUCAAGAUGGUGAACUUUCUACUUGGUCAGCAGACCGGGUUCACGAAAUACCCAUGCUUUAUAUGUAUGUGGGACAGUCGAGACAGAGCCCAGCACUAUGUAAAGAAAGUGUGGCCGCCACGAGAGCAGUUAGUACCUGGUGCGGGAAACAUCAUAAACGAACCUCUUGUUGACCGGGAGAAGAUAUUGAUCCCACCGCUACACUUGAAGCUUGGGUUAAUGAAACAGUUCACGCGUGCUCUGGACAAGGAUGGGAGGUGCUUCAACUACCUGUGCCGAGCCUUUCCGCGACUGACCAUUGAGAAGCUGAAGGCCGGCAUUUUCGAUGGGCCACAGAUACGGCAGCUCAUAAAGGACACAGAGUUCGAAAAGUCCAUGAAGACGUUAGAGUGCGCCGCGUGGAAAUCAUUUGUGCAGGUGGUGAAGAACUUCCUGGGGAACACGAAGGCAGCAAACCACGCCAGACUCAUCAGCAGCAUGAUAGAGGCCUUUCAAAAGCUCGGGUGUUUGAUAAGUAUAAAGAUGCACUUCUUGUUCUCACACAUGGAGAAGUUUCCUGAAAACCUUGGGGCGAUGAGCGACGAGCAGGGAGAAAGGUUCCAUCAGGACAUGCGCCAAAUGGAGGAUAGGUACCAGGGGAGGUGGGACGCAGUCAUGAUGGCGGACUACUGCUGGAUGCUGAAGAGAGACAACCCAGCAGCUGCUCACAAACGGGAAUCGAAGAAACGCCGAUAUAUGCCGUGAACUCUGAACUUUUGUGUCACGUAACGCUCAUUGUUAUACUAAUAUUAUGAUAAAUAUGCUUAUUUAAUUUGAUGGAGUAAAUAAAAACUUAAUAAAUUUGCAUACGUUGACUUUUAUUUCUUGAGGAAAACGGAAAAAAUCUUCUGGGGUUUCUCAGCAGAUGAUCCAAAGAAAUGUUUUUUUACGAAAAAUCGAUUUUUAAAAAUUUCUGUAGCAAAAAAUCCUGACCUGAUAGAACAAAACCAAGGUCAUUUUCGGACUCAGGGCAUCUAAAUUAGUCUAAUUCAGCUGGAA